AUGUCUUCAUACUACGGAUACAACGCGCAUGCUGCGCACGUCGCCUCUGUCUCGCACAACCACCACAGCGGCGGCCGCAACCGCAGAACCCCCCGCCUGACCGUCUCGCAGAACUCGCAGCGCCAGUUCCGCGGCGUGCGCAGCAUGAAGGAGCUCAACGAGACGGCUGCCCUGUCCGCCUUUCGCACCCGCUUCGAGGCCGGCCGAUCUUUCGAUCUCGAGGACGACCUCGAGUUUUGCCCCGGCCUGCUGACUGACAGCGACGUGAGUAGCCCUUCAAGAUCGGGGGCCUCGUCCCCCUCGUCUUUGCGCAGCCUCUCUGACUCGCCGCGCCAACAGCUGGUUUCCAUCUCCGCCUCGGAGCGCUCCUCGCUCGCCAGCAACUCGCCCGAAGCCUCGCCCACGCAGCAGCCCCAGACCGUGGCCCCCGCCUUCUCGCUCAACUCGUCAUCGCCGCCCUUUGUCCCUCCCAGCUUCCAGUCUCAGCCCUCAAGCUUCAAGCUGCACCAGCCCUCUGCCGCGCGCGGUCGCAAUGCUAUUCCCAUUGUCAACCCCGCCACCGGCAUCUCCAUGCCCAGCCCGCCUGUGUCACUGUCGCCUGGCCGCAUGCAGCAGAACAUUCGCCGAUGGUAG